AUGCGGCCCCGGCGCUCCCCGUCCCGUCCCGUCGCCUACCUGUGCGGCCCCGGCGCCGCCUCUGCCGGCCUUGCCGCCGUCCCCACGCGGCCUCGCCGUCACCACUGCGGCGCAGGCGCCGUCGCCUGCUGCAGCGCCGCCCGCCACCCGAGCCGCCUGAGCCGCCACACCCAGCCGAGCAGCCGACCGCCAAGCUGCCCUGCAGCUGAACCGCCGAGCUGCCCAGCAGCCGAGCCGCCGAGCCGCCUUGCAGCCGAGCCGCCCAGCCGCCCUGCAGCCGAGCCGCCCAGCAGCCGAGCUGCCGAGCUGCCCAGCCGCCCAGCAGCCGAGCCGCCGAGCCGCCGAGCCGCCGAGCCGCCCAGCACCCGAGCCGCCGAGUCGCCCUGCAGCCGACCCGCCCGCGCCGCCGAGCCGCCCUGUCUGUACAAGAGUGCUCAGACCUUGUACGACGCUAUAGUUGCACGCUACUCCUCCCCUGCCACGACUGCACUGAGCCGCCUCAUGCUACCGUACCUCUUCCCUGACCUUGCUGCCUUUCCCACAGUCGCUGACCUCAUUACGCACCUCCGCACUAGUGACACUCGCUACCACGCUGCGCUUCCUGCUGAGUUCUGCUACAUAGUCACCCGGCUCCCUGACUCCCUUCGCGUAGACAGGGACCACUUCCUCUCAAUUUGCCCCACCACUCUCACCAUUGACCUCUUCAAGAAGGCCCUCCUAGCAGCUGAGAAGAGCAUAGUCGUUGUAGGAGCCUCUCGUGGUGACCCUCGCACCCCCAUCUUUGAGAGGUGUUCCCCCUCCCCUCUUUUGCCCUCUGUUGCCUCUGCUGCUGCGGCCGACCUCGUUGGUCUGGAGUCGGUCGGUGCGGCAUCUACCCCUAGCGGGAAGUGUCGCUCUGGCAAGGGCAAGGGGGGAAGGGGCGCUGGAGGAGGCAGUGGAGGGGGUGGGGGUGGUGGUGGGAGUGGUGGCGGGGGUGGAGGUGUCAGCGACGGCGGUGGUGGCGGUGGGACCAGAGGUGGUGGAGGUGGCGGAGGUGGAGGAGGCGGUGGCGGAGGAGGAGGAGGAGGAGGAGGUCGUGGCUCUUUGCAGAGGAGUGGCUCCGGUGGUGGUCAGCGCCAGCAGCAGCAGUGCAGUCGGGAGACCCUGUCCCCUCAGCAGCUCCGUGAGUGGUACACUGCACGCCAGCGGGGUGGGGGUACUGGUCCGUGCACCUACGUCCUGCGCACCAGCGACCGUGCGGGUGAGCAGGCGGGAGUUGCCAUCUAUGAUCUUGAUUUUGAUGCUAUUCUUGCUGCUAUGUAUGCUGUGUCUAUUAGUGAUGAGGGUGACUAUUACAGGUGUUUCCCGCCCGACCCGGGCAUUGAGACUGCUGCUCUAGGUGCUGGUGAGGCUGCUGCUCUUGGUGCUAGCGAGGCUGCUGCUCUAGGUGCUAGUGCGUCUGCUUCCUCCGGUGCUGGUGAGUCUGUGCUCUCAGUUGCAGUCUCCGUGGCAGACCCCUCUGGGGGUCCUAACCUUGCUCACUUCUCCACUGUCCUCCCGUGUCUGGCGGCCCCCUUUGGCACCCUGUCUGGUCUUUACCUCCCCUCGUUCUCUACGAACUUGGUGAGUGGUGCUGACCUACAGGAUGCGGGGGUUCACCAGUUCACUCCUGCGAGUCAGCGUUUGAUCCACUGCACAGACGCUCGGACAGGCCGACACCUGGCCACGUUUACACGUCGGCCGGGGUUGAGCCUGUACACACUGACCACUGCGUCUCCUCCAGUCACUGCGUUUGGUCAGGUAGCUGCGUCACGUCAGGUGUUUGCUGCAGCGUCCAGGUCUGGUCCUGAGUCUGCCCCCUGCUCGUGUCGCCUCCUGUCUCACGAGACUCUCCUCUGGCACCACCGCCUUGGUCACCCCUCCCUGCUUCGUCUCCGAAGCAUGGCCUCCCGUGUCCUUGUCUCUGGUCUUCCCCGGUCCCUCCCUCCCCUUCCUCCGGGGCCUGGCCCAACCUGCGUCCCCUGUGUCGAGGGGCGGCGGCGGGCUGUCCCUCACUCCUCCCAGUUUCCUCCGACAGAGGCCCCGCUGCAGACACUUCACAUGGACGUGUGGGGCCCGGCCCGCGUCCGUGGACAGGGUCACGAGCGCUACUUCCUGCUGGUGGUUGACGGCUACUCGCGUUACACCACAGUCUUCCCCUUGCGCAGCAAGGGUGAUGUCACUGAGACCUUCAGGCUUCCGGACUCUCCACAGCAAAAUGGGAUUGCUGAGCGCCGCAUUGGCAUGGUUAUGGACGUCGCCCGUACGUCCAUGAUGCAUGCGGCUGCCCCCCAUUUUCUGUGGCCGUUUGCGGUCCGGUACGCGGCGCAUCAGAUCAACCUUCAGCCCAGGGUCUCCAUGCCGGAGACCUCCCCAACUUUGCUGUGGACGGGGAAGGUUGGCGAUGCGUCUGUGUUCCGUGUCUGGGGAUCUCGGGCGUUUGUCCGCGACUUGUCUGCGGACAAGCUGUCCCCUCGUGCUGCUCCUUGCGUCUUCCUGGGUUUCCCCCCUAACGCGCCAGGGUGGCAGUUCUACCACCCCACCUCUCGCCGUGUGUCCCAGGUAGACGCUGUUGAGCUUGUCGAGGUCACUGGUGACUCUGGUGCUGCUGAGGGCGCUGAGCCUGGGGGUGCUGACUCUGGGGGUGCUGAGCGUGUGGGUGCUACGCCUGGGGGUGUUGAGCCUGAGGGUACUACGACUGGGGGUGCUGAGCCUGGGGGUGCUGAGUCUGGGGGUGCUGAGCCUGGGGGUGCUACGCCUGGGGGUGCUGAGCCUGGGGGUGCUGAGCCUAAGGGUGCUACGCGUGGAGGUGCUGAGCUUGGGGGUGCGGAGCGUGAGGGAGCUGAGCCUGCUGGUGCUGUGUCUGGCGGUUCUCCGGGGUGA